GAGCCCGAGCCGGAGCCAGAGCGCAGGCCUAGGCGAGGGGAGGUGGCGACUUCGAGGCUCGAUUAGGCUUCGCUUCCGAGGCUGGGGCCAGUCUCUGAUGGUCGAUGAGGGAGGACAGGCAGUUCAUCAUGGGUGGCUUUUUCUCAAGCAUUUUUUCCAGUCUGUUUGGAACCCAGGAAAUGAAGAUUUUAAUUUUGGGAUUAGAUGGAGCAGGAAAAACUACAAUUUUGUACAGAUUACAGGUUGGAGAAGUUGUUACUACGAUUCCUACCGUUGGAUUUAAUGUUGAGACGGUAACAUACAAGAACCUAAAAUUCCAAGUCUGGGAUUUAGGAGGACAGACAAGUAUCAGGCCAUACUGGAGAUGUUGUUAUUCAAACACAGAUGCAGUCAUUUAUGUAGUAGACAGUUGUGAUCGAGAGCAAAUUGGCAUUUCCAAAUCAGACUUAGUUGCCAUGUUGGAGGAAGAAGAGCUGAGAAAAGCCAUUUUAGUGGUGUUUGCAAAUAAGCAGGACAUGGAACAGGCCAUGACUCCCUCAGCGAUGGCAAAUUCACUUGGGUUACCUGCCUUGAAGGACUGAAAAUGGCAAAUAUUCAAAACUUCAGCAACCAAAGACAUUGGCCUUGAUGAGGCAAUGGAAUGGUUAGUUGAAACAUUAAAGAGCAGACAGUAAUUCAGUCACUUCUGCUCCUCUGAAACGAAGACCACAUCACAUAUCCCUUUGGAAAUAGUUAAAGUGUGCUUCACACUACUAAAUGUUAAAACUGUAUGAUUGUCAGCAUAUACCAAACUGACUGCAACAUUUGUAAUAAAUAUUAAAAAUAAGUAUUUGG